AUGAUGCUCCAAGCAUUUUCUAACACUGGAAGCUGGAAGAUACUAAAAGGAUCUUCCACGCAAUGCCCUAGUGAGACUGGUGAUGGUGGACAUAUGCAAUGCAGCCACCCACGUGCAGUACGGCAGAUUCUAGGGGAGAUGCCUGAGUGGAAUAUUGUGUCAUGGACAGCUAUGAUUCACAGCGAGUGGAUCUUUGUAGCGAAUACAAAAGACACUGACACAUUGUGGCGCUUCCAAAAUGCUGUUGUUGAUCAUUCAAAAACUCUGAAGUCUUGGAAUGGGAACCAAAGCACUCCUUGCAAGUGGGAUGGUGUAACUUGUUCUGAGAAAGGUCGGGUGAUUGAGCUUAGCCUCCAAUCCUUAGAACUAUCCAGUUCUCUUCUUGCGACCACAAUCCAGGAGUUGGGAUGUCUUCAGGAAAUGCAUUUAUAUCAGAGUCUUUUCACAGAUACAUUGGAAGGGAUAUCUUUGCAAUCUUACUCUUUAAGAGUGCUCAAUAUCUCCAGAAAUCAGCUCACUGGAAGUUUUCCAACUGAGCUCCUUGGCAAUUGUCCACACUUGACUCGGCUUGAUCUCUCGCAUAACCAGCUCAAUGGCACAAUUUCAUCAGAGCUGAAUUGCAAGAGUUUUGAGUAUCUGGAUCUUUCAAGCAAUCAAUUCACAGGAAGAAUACCAUCACAAUUGAUCAAAACUUGCACCAAUUUGCAAAAUAUUUCACUUUCUGAUAACAAGUUCUCUGGCACAUUUUCCCUUUAUGAUUCCAACAAAGUUCAUACGCUCAACCUGGCAGGAAAUAGAUUCUCCACAUUUCAAAUCCACUCAGAUGAGGCAUGCAAGAAUCUAAUUGAGCUGGAUAUUUCCUCCAACAACAUCUCUGGAAAACUUUUCCAUGGACAAGCUAAGUGUUCUUCACUCAGACUGCUUAAAUUCUUUUCCAACUCAUUCUCAGGGACAUUCAUAGAACUUCUAGGCAGUCCAAGCUUAAGCAAGAACUUCUUACCAUCUCUUGAGCUUCUGGAUGCAAGCUAUAAUCGUAUUUCUGGUGAAGUUUUGGGAAUCCAUGACAGACUUCUCUUUCUGAAUCUCAGCUCCAAUAAUCUCAAUAACACUCAAAACAAUGUGUGCUCUUUAUCAUCUCCUUCCAGACUCAAAAGCCUACUAUUGCCAAACAAUAAGCUUGUUGGUGGAAUUCUUUACUCUGUACUGAGUUGCACUAGUCUGGAGAUGCUGGAUUUGAGUUUCAAUACAUUGAGUGGAAACAUACCAGUGACACUCUGCAACAAGCUUCCACGCCUCCGCCACCUUCUUGCAUGGGUGAACAAACUUCAAGACACCAUUCCAUCCAGUCUUGCAAUGUGCUCCAACUUGACCACAAUAAUCUUAAGUUACAACAUGCUCGAAGGAGUCAUUCCUCCAGAGCUCUCACGGCUUCAGAAUUUGAAUUGGCUAUCUCUCAGCAGCAACAGGCUUAUCGGAAGCAUUCCCUUGUCUUUCGAGGAGCUGAAUCAAAUCCAAACUCUGCAACUUAGCAAUAACUCUUUACAAGGUGAUAUACCUUUGGGCUUGUCCAAGAACAAGAAUCUGCUUAUGGUGGACUUGAGUAACAACUAUUUCUCUGGAAGAGUUCCUGCUCGUAUUGGCCGAAACGUAACGAGAGAGCUAGUGUUUGGGAAGAAUUUUGUUACUGAUACCGAUUUGGGGAACUGCAAAUUGUUGGAGGUUCGACAAUCUCAUUGCAAGAUGGAUAAUAUGUUGGAGAUGCAAGGAAUUCUUUUAGAAGAUUUGAAGAAGCGUUUAAACACUCUGGUUCAUCCAGAGUGCUCCUGGACGAUAUUGCUAUAUGGUAGUCAUUUCAAGAUGGAGGUUUCAAGCGCCAUGGUGCUGGAUUUGUCACACAACAAUCUAAGCGGCCAGAUCCUGGCAAGCAUUGGUGACAUGCGCAGUCUACUCAAGAUGGAUCUUUCUCAUAACUUCCUAUCAGGCCCAAUUCCAGAGUCCAUGGGAAAUCUUGAUAACAUCCAGACCUUGGAUAUUUCUGAGAACUCAUUGAGCGGAACGAUUCCAGGCUCUCUUACUUUGCUGAACACUCUCUUCAGCCUGAAUGUUUCCUACAACAAUCUAUCAGGCUUGAUUCCUCAGGGAGGCCAGCUUACAACUUUUCAAAGCAGCAGCUAUGAAGGCAAUCCAGGAUUGUAUGGCUCUCCUCUUACUUACAAUCACACGUCUUCAAGGAAUUCCACCACAGCAGAGGAGAAGACCCAAGAGGUUGAUGGAAGGGACGAGGAACUUCUAGCUGGAGCUUUGCUAUUUGUCAUAUCUUUUGUAGUAGCUACAAUCAUAGUGACAUUCAAACUAAAAUUUAAAUAA